AUGAGCAAGCGCCGGACCGUGGCGUCGCCGACGGUCCUGGACUUGGAGCACGUGCUCACGAGCAUCGUCCAGAGCAUCGAAGCGCCAAGCGCUGUCCAUGCCUUUCUAUCGGCACUGCCGGCCUCUGCGCGCAGCCCGCCGCUGGCCGCGCUGCACGAGCUGCUCGAGCACCCGCUGCGCAUGACGCGAAUUCCUUUUGACUGCGAGCAGCGCGCCAGGAGCCGCAUGUGGCCUCGGCUGUAUCUGGACGAGCUCACACCCGCGGCUACCGCUCUCGUGCGCGAUGCGAUGCCGGUCAUUGCCGCGGCCGCCGGCUCCAACAGCAGCGACGGUGUGCCGCCCGAUGUCGACGCCUUGGCGUGGCUUGAGCUGUGGAGCGUCAAGCUCAUGCAGUAUACACACAAGUACCAUCGGGAUCCACGGGACCUGCCGCGCCGCUGUGCGAUCUUGCGCAAGUGCAUUCGCCUGACAGACGUCGAUCUGCCGCAUGACACGUCGGUCCUCGAGGCCGUCACGACGCCCGCGCACCGCGUCGCGUCGAUCACAGCGUCGUGCAUCGAGACCGACGCGAGCUUCCUCAUGGCCUUGGGCCGAUGGCUACAGUCGACGCACGCCACGUCCUUGACGCUCGAAUACCAGCACAUGGAUCGCCGCGCCGCGGUCAGCGCCGGGCUUGCGCCAAUGCUCGCCAAGACCACGUCGCUCGAGCGUCUGAUACUGCGGAGUAGCGUGCCCGGCGUUGUCGCACCCCUCGUCGCCGUCGCACCGGCGUUCCAGCGCCUGACGCGGCUGGACAUCACGGUGCACGAGGCCGACAAGGCAGCGUUGUGGUCGUUUCUGGAGCGUCUCAAUCGCACCAAGCUGUCCUCGCUGCGCGUUGUCUGCAACGAGAUGGAGCUGAGCCUGCUCGUCCCAUCCUUGCGACGUUCCCAGCCCUGA